AUGCCGACGCGCGCAGAAUCAAACGCCUGCAGCGCCUGCGCAAGGUCGAAGCGGAAAUGCGGACGGCAGAUACCAUCGUGCGCACGAUGUGUGGAUCGGGCCACGGCCUGCGUCUAUCCACCGUCGAGAAGCAGAGCAGCGUCCUCGGCUCGGCCAUUGCUGUCGGAUGCGUGGAGAGGGAGAGGGCUCUCCAGAGGCACAGCGCCGAGACUGGACUCGGAGAGACUGCUCGCUGAGGUUCAACUUGAAGUUGCAGGCAACACCAACACAUCCUCUUCCUCCCGCCCUGCAACCCUGAACCUGAGCCAUGCAGACGACCUGAGCCUUGCAGAUGACCUUAUGCUGGACACAGACCUGGCAUUCCCACUCUUGGACAGUGACUGUGGCUUCACUGCCCCCUCGUCUCUCAUUCAACCCCCAGCCCCAACCCCCAACCCCGGUACGCAGGCGACCACGGCAGACUGGUUUCUUGCACCUGAGACGUGGGAGAUAUCCUAUCGAGCGGGCACCUCGGCCGAUGUGCCCGUUGGCAUCGCGACGAUGAAGAAGUACGUGGCGGUGCUGCAGUCUUGGUUCGAACGCUGGGUGGCCACCGGCAGCAACCCUUUUAUCCAUGCCUGUCUGUACAGUGCGAACUCCCCGGCGUGCGUGCAGGUCGCGUAUGCCACGCUGGCCAGCUAUAUCCACCGCACGCCCGCCAACACGGACACCAUCCUCCAAAUCGUAGAGGACCGGUCGAACGAUUUACUCCGGGAGAAUGGGGCCAUCCUGGCCAGGGUUGACGCCGAGGAGUGGGCCGACCCUGACGCAGGAGAGCAAGACGUCCAUCUUGACCUGUUCACGCAGCUGACGAGGCUGCACGCCCUCAUGGUCUACCAGAUCAUCGGCCUCUUCGACGGCGACAUCCGCUCCCGCCACGUCGCCCAAGGCCACAUGGCCGUGCUGGACAGCUGGGCCGGCAGGCUGUUUCGCUCGGCCGCAAAGACUUUGUCAAACACCCAAACCCACACCCACGCCCACGCCCACGCCCACGCCCACGCGCUUGCCACGCAUGCGCAUCCGCAUCUUGUCGGCUGGCUGCCAACGCUGUCCACCGCCACCUCCACCUCCACCUACUCGCAGCAGCAGUGUCAGUGGUACCUGUGGAUCCUGGCCGAGAGCAUCCGCCGCACCUGGCUCGUCGCCGUCAGCCUCUGCCCCGUCUACUCGACGCUGCAGCAGCGCUGGGCCACCUGCCCCGGCGGCGUCAUGUACACGAACCGCAGCGGGCUUUGGAAUGCCGCGACCGCCACCGAGUGGGAGAAGCAGUGCCUGCGAUGGGACGUGGCCUUCCUGCAGCGCUUCGAGAGCGCCACCGUCUUGGACCACUCGGACCCGGCCGACAUUGACGAGUUCGGCACCGCCAUGCUGGACAUGACCUUCAAUCGGGACUUGUUGGAGAAAUGGAGGAACAGAGGCCCGGCCUAG